AUGGUGAUUCCUUUGCAGGCUUUAGAGCAGAAAGAGGAACAUGAUCAGGGUAAGGCCCCCCAGCCCAGCCCUCCUGCGUUCCUGCAGGCGCGUCCUCCCUCCCAGCCAGCCCGGCCCGCAGGAUUGUUAGAUGGAACAGGCUCCAUCAUCACCCAGCCGCUGAGGGAAGAUGCCCUGGUGCUCACCAAGAAAGGCUUAGUCUCCAAGUCCUUGCCUAAGAAGCCCCAUGGCCGCAGCAUCUUCAAGGCCCUCUGGUACUGUUUUCACACACAGCAUGUUGAUCAAUCAAGCUCUUCCACUGAGUUCACCCACGAGGAGGAGGCCAACACCAUCGCCAAGUCUGAUCUGCUCCGAUGUCUCCAGUACCAGUUUUAUCAGAUCCCUGGGACCUGCCAGCUACCAGAGGUGACAGAGCAAACUCAAGGAAGGAUCUGCGUGGUCAUUGACCUGGAUGAGACUCUUGUGCAUAGUUCCUUUAAGCGGACCAACAAUGCUGACUUCAUAGUGCCUGUAGAGAUUGAGGGGACCAAGCAACAGGUGUAUAUGCUCAAGAAGCCAUACGUUGAUGAGUUCCUGAGUCAAAGAGUUGAUGAGCUCUUUGACUGUGUUCUUUUCACUGCCAGCUUGGCCAAGUAUGCUGACCCUGUGACAGAUCUCCUGGACCAGUGUGGGGUGUUCCAGGCUCUCCUGUUCUGGAGGUCUUGUGUGUUCCACCAGGGCUGCUACGUCAAGGACCUCAGCCACCUGGGAAGGGACCUGAGGACAACUGUUAUCCUGGACAACUCCCCUGCAUCUUACAUCUUCCACCCAGGAAAUACAGUGCCUGUGCAGUCCUGGUUUGAUGACAUGGCAGAUACAGAAUUGCUGAACCUGAUUCCAGUCUUCGAGGAGCUGAGUGGAGCGGAUGAUGUCUACACCAGCCUUGGACAGCUGCGAGCCCCUUAG